AUGGCUCGAGGCUCCAUAAAUACUGUGGGUGCAGAGACUGACUUCCGUCGGCGCAUUGAGGUUCGUGCCGCUAAGAAGACUGCAGAGGACACCCCGAAGGUCUUCAAUCUCGAAGCUGCAGUAGAAAAGUUCGUCAAGAUGUUUGAAAAAGUCUACAGUGUCCGUGUGAGGUGGACUGAUACGAAGUCGGAGAAUGAACAGAUGACAAAACUCUUCACUACUAAAAAAUAUUUUUUAAACGUCAAUUUGGACCAAAUAAAAUUGGGGACGCCAAUAGAAAGGGAUACAAUCCGGACUCUUCUGUACGCCAAUCUCUACGAAAACAAAGCGAAAAGAAACCAAACGUACACCGUGACGCAUACGACCGUUCGCAAAGAAAAAACAUCUACCACAGUGACACAAGGAUUCAGCCUUGGCUUUGAGGUGUCGGGAGGCGUCGGAUGGAAAGAGAAAUUCGGACUGAGUGCCACAGUCGGCACUAAGUACGCGAAAGAAACCGCCUCGACUGACACUCAGACGAAACUCAAGACGUUUGCGGUCGCCACGGGAGUCAACGUUCCUCCUAGUAGGACCGUUCAAGUAAAGUGGUACGCCAAAACCGCCACAACAGAUAUUCCCUGGACCUGUAAUGUGACCAUAAGUGGGUACUUUGCUAUGGGGAUCGAACCAGCGCUGCAAGACACCCAAGUGGUCGUCCUUCCAGCAACUUACCUUGCCCUUGCCAACAAGGAACUGGAAGUGGUAGGCCCCAGGCACGUGCACUUCCAAAUGUCUGGUGUAUACAAAAAAGUCACCAUGCCGGAAUCUGAAAUCUACACAAACGAUGUGACAGACACUCUGAAGGCAAAAUAA